UGGCCGGUUCACAAAUUUCAAAUUUCAAAACAGAGCAAACGGUCAGCUUUUCUCAAUUGCACAACGCAGAUUGAAUGUUUCUUUCCAUUUCCUCCUUUUCUCUUAAGAUUAUUACACAUUCAAAUCACCAAUGGAAGAUCAUCAUCAUCAAUGGCAUGAUCCACUUCUGCUCACAUGCCACUUGGUAGACAUCCAACCGAGAUCUUCAACUUUCACAAUGGAGGAUCCUGAUUCUUCUGCCAACCCAGAUAAUGGUGCUUCUCGGCAAGCCUUUCAAAGCUUGGAAACAGUUGAUGCUCAAAAGCUUGUUCACCCAGUUGCCAAUGAUGCCAUUGAAGGUCGCUCCAUGCUUGGUUUUUCUUUAACAUCUCCUGAUCUGGUUAUUUGCGCUGGUUCCCCUGACGUACCGACGACUAACUGUGGAGAUUCCCCUGAAUUCUCGGAUGGGAACAAGUACAAGUGUUCUUUUGAGCUCUCUCUAAAGAAUGGCAUCGAGGCUACUGAUACCAAAGAUACCCAUAAAUCCCCAUCUGUAAAGUUUUCUUCAAUAUGCCAAAAAUUUGACAGAGAAUUGUCUCCUGAAUCUUCCUUGGAGCUCCUUCUGGAGCCAGCAAAGGAAGAGAAAUUCCCAAAAAACCGUCUAUCUGUGGUGAGCAUCAAUGCUGGAUCCACUGAUGGGACUGUGGUUUUGGAUGGUGUGGAGUUUUUGGAGGACAAUUGUUUCUCAGGUGGUGAUACUGUAAGGACAAACGCUACAAUUGGAGAUGGACAGGAACAUGGUCUUUCUCUGUACCAAACAGCUCGUGUUGGCAACUUCUCAUACUGGUUUUCUGGAGUGGAGCCGGGGAAUUAUGCUGUGAGUCUGCAUCUUGCGGAAAUUGUAUUCACAGACGGUUCUCCUGGAAUGAGAGUGUUUGAUGUUUUUAUACAACAGAAAAAGGCUGUUUCCUGCCUAGACGUAUAUGCUGAAGUAGAUGCAAAUAAGCCUCUGGUUAUAUCUGACCUAAAGACUUGUGUUUAUGGUGAGGAUGGCUUAUCCAUUAGGUUUGAAGGAGUAAUUGGAAGCCCAAUCAUAUGUGGCAUUUCUAUAACCAAAGAUUCUUCUGCUUACGCUGGAGAAGCUCAAUUGUUGAAACGAAUGGGAAUAUCUCAAGUGGCAGAAUGCAACUCACCCAAACAAGAUAAUGGUGGCCGAGAAGUGAAGGGAGAUUCCCAGGAGCUACUUAGACAUGUUGAGUUUCAGAAAAGGGAACUAACACAGAUGAGGUGUGCGUUGGAGGAACUUAAGAGGGAAAAUCAACUUAAGAAUAGGGAAUGUCAAGAUGCUUGGAAAUCUUUACAGGAGCUCCAAAAUGAGCUUAUGCGCAAGUCUAUGCAUGUUGGGUCCUUGGCGUUUGCCAUCGAGGGACAAGUGAAAGAGAAGAGCAGCUGGUUUUCAUCGUUGAGGGACAUGACUAGGAAAUUGAAGCUUAUGAAAAUGGAUCACAUAAAGCUAUCAGAGGAGGCAUUGGCAUAUAAGAAAUGCCUUGCAGAUAUGGAUGAAAUGAGGUCCACUAUACAGUCCACGAUGAAGGAGCAAAUAGAUUUGCAUGAAGAUCUCAAGAUUAAAUUUAUUGAAGGGGCCAAGGAACGAAAGGAACUCUACAAUAAGGUUUUAGAGUUGAAAGGAAACAUAAAGGUCUUUUGCCGAUGUAGGCCUUUAAAUGCUGAAGAACUUUCAUUGGGUGCUUCAAUGACUAUUGAUUUCGAAUCUGCUAAAGAUAGUGAGCUCACUGUAACUUCAAAUGGGCUUCCCAGAAAAACCUUCAAGUUUGAUGCUGUCUUUAGCCCACAAGCAGACCAAGCUGAUGUUUUUGAAGGCACUGCUCCAUUUGCAACCUCUGUUUUGGAUGGGUAUAAUGCAUGCAUAUUUGCUUAUGGACAAACUGGAACUGGGAAAACGUUUACAAUGGAGGGUACAGAAGAAGCUCGUGGAGUAAACUUUAGGAUUCUUGAGGAGAUAUUUCGCAUAAUUAAGGAGCGCCAUAAGCUCUUUCGGUAUGAGGUAUCUGUGAGUGUUUUAGAGGUAUAUAAUGAGCAAAUACGAGAUUUGCUGGGUUCAGUCUCACAGCCAGGAUUGGCUGCAAAGAGGCUGGAAAUAAGACAAGUUGGUGAAGGACUGCAUCAUGUCCCAGGCUUGGUCGAAGCACAUGUAAACAGCAUAAGUGAGGCUUGGGAAGUUUUACAAACUGGAAGUAAUGCAAGAGCAGUUGGAUCAACUAAUGCCAACGAGCAAAGCAGCCGAUCCCAUUGCAUUCACUGUGUGAUGGUGAGAGGAGAGAAUUUAUUGAAUGGGGAAUGUACAAAGAGCAAGUUAUGGUUGGUUGAUUUAGCAGGAAGCGAGCGAGUAGCAAAGACCGAAGCCCAGGGAGAGAGGCUCAAGGAAACUCAAAAUAUCAACAGAUCCUUAUCUGCACUUGGUGAUGUCAUAUCUGCUCUUGCAACUAAAAGCCCUCACAUCCCAUUCAGGAAUUCCAAGCUCACCCACCUGCUUCAAGAUUCCUUAGGAGGAGAUUCAAAGACACUAAUGUUUGUACAGAUAAGUCCCAAUGAGAAUGACCUGGGUGAGACCCUAUGCUCACUGAACUUUGCAACCAGAGUUAGAGGGAUUGAGUUGGGUCCUGCAAAAAGGCAAUUGGACACUACUGAACUUCUGAGACACAAACAGAUGGCUGAAAAAUCAAAACAAGACUUGAAGAGCAAAGAUAUUCAGAUCAAGAAAAUGGAGGAAACAAUCCACGGAUUGGACUUGAAGAUGAAAGAAAAAGACCUCAGAAAUAAGAACCUUCAAGAAAAGGUGAAGGAGCUGGAGUCACAACUGCUAAUUGAAAGGAAGCUAGCACGUCAGCAUGUGGACUUAAAGAUAGCUGAGCAACAGCAACAACAAAUGAAACUGCAGCAGGAUGAGCAAAAUAGUGCACCACCGAGGCCGCCACUUGCAAACCGACUAUUAGGAAGUAAAAAAUUGCAAUUAACCUAAAACUACUGUACUGGGCAGCGAUCAACUAAAUUCCAGUCAACCACUUAUGGAGAACAACAGCAACAAACCUACAUGUCCCCUUUUAACGGAUAGUGGCAUUGCCAAGUGUAUCGAUCCCACAGAAAAAGAAAACAACCCAGAGAUGACUGAACAACUAGCAUUACCAAAAAGAACUGGCAGAGCCUCAAUUUGCACAACAGCACAACGGAUCUCAAUAGCUCCAGCUCCAAGGCGCACCUCACUUAUUCCCCUACCAAGUAUGCGAGGUUUAGCACAACUAGCACCGCCAUUUCCUCCAUUGUCAUUAUGCAAUGAUGAUAUGAAAGAAGAUACAGGAGAGUCUGAAGCUAACUGCUUGCCAGAGCAAACACAUUGCAACAGUCCUAAAGCAAUAAAACAAGGCACUAGAAAGCUAAGCAGCAUAUUGAGACGAAGCCUUCAAAAGAAAGUUCAGAUGAAAUCUCCAGCACAGCAACAUCUAAGAAAAGGAGGAAUAAAUGUUGGGACGGAGAAGGUUAGGAUCUCCAUUGGAAGUAGGGGGAAGAUGGGGCAUAGGGUAUUGCUAGGCAAUGGUAGAAGAGCAGGAAUGAAGGAUACUCAGCAGAACAGGAAUCAAAGGGAAAAGGAGAGAGGGUGGAAUAUCGGAACAGCUGGAAGAACUGCAAUCUAAUUAUUGAAGAUUGUCUUACCUAUGACUUACAUUUCUUCUUCCAUGAUAGAAGAAGGAGAGAAAAAGAUUAAAAAAAAAAAAAAAGGCAGCUUUUAUUGAAUCUCUAUAGUGCUAAUCAUCUGCUUGAAUCCAUCUAAUGAUUGGUUGAUGUACAGUAUGUGCUUCUUGCAAGAGUUGAAUAUUCUUGCGUAUGUGUUUCUUACAACAAUUGAUAUAUUCUUGAUUCAGUGGGCUAUUUACUAUUAUAACAAUUGAAAUAUUCAUGAUGAGCCAUUUGAAA